GACCCUCGGUUUCAGAGAUUCAUUCAUCUCCGUCAGAGUUGCUGUUCAGUCCAUUCACCACCGCCUCCCUCUCUGUCUGUGCAUCCAGCUGACCGUCUCUCACUCUCUGUGUGUUUUCAUCCUGCGCUGCGUCCACAUUCACACACACACCUGACGUCUUUUUUUUUACCCCAAACCAGCGGACCUGACAACUUUUGCUUUUUUCUAACCGAAUCUCCUGGUCAGUGUUUGAACAUCGGGACAACAACACUGCUUUCAGCGGGUGCUGCUUUCCGACACUGCUGGAUGGAUGGCUGACCUGGGAACUCACUGACUGGCUCUUCGAGCUUUGCUGGUCACAGCUGCUGUGAUGGCCAAAAGCCCAGAGGUGAAAUUGGCCGUGUUUGGCAGGGCCGGGGUGGGCAAGUCAGCUUUGGUGGUCAGAUUUCUCACCAGGCGCUUCAUCUGGGAGUACGACCCAACACUUGAAUCCACAUAUCGGCAUCAGGCUAACAUUGAUGACGAGGUUGUUACCAUGGAGAUUCUGGACACUGCAGGGCAGGAGGACAUCCAGCUGAAGGAAGGGCACAUGCGCUGGGGCGAUGGAUUCAUCAUAGUGUAUGACAUCACAGACCGAGGAAGCUUUGAGGAGGUGGCACCGCUCCGGAAUUUGCUGGAGGAAGUGAAAAAACCGAAGAAUGUCCCACUGGUCCUGGUGGGCAACAAGUCAGACCUAGACCAUGUCAGGCAGGUUGGCACGGAGGAAGGCGAGCGGCUGGCGGCUGAGAUGGCGUGUGCGUUCUACGAAUGUUCGGCAUGUGCCGAUGACGGCGGUGCUGUGGCCGAGGCUUUCCACGAGCUGUGCCGCGAGGUGAGGCGGCGCAAGGCCAUGCAGGGAAAGGCCAGACGCCGCAGCUCCACCACUCACGUCAAACAGGCCAUCAACAAGAUGCUGACCAAGAUCAGCAGCUAGGGAAGAUACACACUAUCGUCUGACGACACAAAAUAUUUGUAUGUAAAUAUUUCAAAGUGCACAAAACAUGCCUGAUUUGAUGUGGAAUGUGUUCUUUACUUAUUUUUCAUUCAUUGUCCAUCAAAAGAUGACAAGUGCAAUGCCAUUGCAUUCUUCCAAAGGUAACUAUUGUCGUCACUGGAAGUCUGUACAGAUAUUUUUUUUUGUCCAAACAUUUGAACUCAUUUGGACCAAAGUAAUUCUGUUAAAAAAUAAUAUGUUCUCAACUAUUUUCAAUCCAACUCUUUAUAAUAAUAAAUACGCCACAGAGGGCAGUCUGAAAUGUGUGCAUGCAUACUCUCUCUUAGCAUGCAAUGAAUUCAACCAUCCGUUAUGUGAAGAGUGGUUCUUUCUUCUCUGUAUGUUGUGCCAAUGUGUUUAUCUGUUCUGUCAGCAGAAGAGGAAUGAGAUCAGAGAAGUGACGUUAGAUAAAAGUAGGUCCACUGUCCUUCACCCGUGUCGGUCCUGGAAAAUCACCAGAGGUGUUGAUGGCCAUCCUCCACGCCAACCUUGUAACAAAGUCCUCUAUGUUCUGUUGACGUGAACCGUGGCUGCCUGUGUGUGUGUGUCCACGAUGUGUGAACUCAAUAUCGCUUUCCUCAAGCUCAAAGCACAGUUUCAAAACAUGUCAAGGCUCAGGAGAGAACAUUUGCACGGUUUACUCUACCUACGAAAAAGAAGCCGUCGCCAGUUACAACUUAUUAUGUCACAUUCCAAAGACACUUCUUAUGGUUGUAAUGUUAAUACUGUAAACUACAGUAUGUAUGAUAUUGUAUGUUGCCUUAAGCACUGCUGUGUCUUAGUUGUGUACAAAUUCCAAAGAAAUGUACAGCAGGUGAUGCUGUAUUUAUUCAAAUGUAAUAUCUGUUUGUUUCUCAAGUCAUGUGAUCUGUCACUACACAAAACAACCAGCUGUAAAUUUACAAUUAAAAACCAACAUGUAUCCCAAA